CAUGGCACCAUGUGUACGUGUGUACGUGUACCGCAGCAGCAGUGACCGUCCUUACUUCGGCCACCGUCGGGAUUUCGGAAAGGCGCUUGGAGGACAGAUGCGGCUAGGCUGCAGCUAUUUUCCAUAUCAAGCGCGUGUGGAUUGACCAGCCACAGCCCCACUAGGGGUCGGAGAACUUGUGGGGGAUCUGCAGGUCAGAAGACCCCGGCCAGGCAAUAGAAUGGCAUACAUUUCAGGGAAGGCGCUUGCGGUUUCUCUGGCGGUGUCUUUUUUACUUGGGACGUUCGUGGGCUACAAAUGCAACACGCUGUAUAGACAGUAUUUACAAAACAAACGAGACCGUUUGAGGAAAAGAGCGAUUGAAAUCCAAACAAAAUUGAACGUGUCCUAAAAAGACACUUUGGUAUGUCUUCCAAUGAUCCAGUCAACCAGAACUAUCCCUCCACUAUAAAGCCAGUUGUCUUGGUCCAUGGUGGAGCCUGGGCCAUACCAGAUGGCCUGGUUCAGGCCAGCUGUCAGGGGGUACAGAAUGCUGCCAGGGAGGGCUACCGUGUGCUGGAGGAGGGAGGAAAGGGUACAGCAUUAGAUGCUGUGGUGGCUGCAGUGUGCAUUCUGGAGGAUGAUCCAGCAUUUGAUGCAGGAACGGGGUCGGUGUUGAAUGAAGAUGGUGAAGUUGAAAUGGAUGCUAUCGUGAUGGAGGGACAGCAUCUCAAAACUGGGGCUGUUGCCUGUGUCAAGAACAUCAGAAACCCAGUCAAGCUGGCCAGACUGGUGAUGGAAAAGACAGAGCACAUUCUACUUGUUGGAGAUGGAGCAAACAAGUUUGCCAAAAGUGUGGGCAUGAAGGAGGUUCCAGUGGCAACCCUUGUCAGCGACAAUGCUGUAAAAGAAUUGGAACAUUUCAAGAAGUUUAAUAAAACUGUGGAUGGUCUGUUCAGUACAAGAGACCAUGACACUGUAGGGGCAGUGGCAGUAGACAGCGAAGGGAAUGUAGCAUGUGCCACAUCAACGGGGGGAAUCACAGCCAAAAUGGCGGGCAGAGUUGGUGACAGUCCACUCAUUGGAAGUGGAGCUUACUGCGACAGUGCCGCAGGAUCAGCAUCUGCCACUGGUCACGGGGAGUCCAUCGCUAAGGUGACACUAGCCAGACAGGGGCCAGUGCCCAGGAAGCAGCUGAGGAGGCUCUCUCCUACAUGUCAAGUAGAGCCAGCGGAGCAGGGGGGACCAUCGCUGUGGAUAACAUGGGUAACAUUGGGGUUGCCUUUACCACAGCGCGCAUGCCCUGGGCCUGGGCUAGGAGUGGUUCCCUUCAUUACGGCAUCAACCCGGGAGAAGACUUCACUGUAUGAUAAGUUGAGUCUUGUGAGAACAACGUUCAGUGGAAGCUAUUUUUCUUGUAGCUGGCAGAUCUUUUUGGCAGGUGGCUUAAAUUCACUUAGAGUAAUUUGCCUAUGACGUAUACCCCUCAACCAGUGUUAAUACACAAAAUCGAGGAAAAUAAAACUCACAGAAAUUCAAGCUGAGUAGUGAGUGUUUUUAGAGGAUAUUAAAAAUCCUCAGUUUUGUCAUCACAAAACCAGUUUUAUUGAUUGGAAGUGACUGUAUCAGUGCUGAUGCAUUAACAGUUCAUGGAAAGCCAUGCAAAUCAUUGUCUGGAAGUCCUCACCAGUAUGAAAGCUCAGUUCCAUAAUAAAAAAAUAACUUGUCUUUACUCCAUGUAGAGGAUUUUUUAUUUUGCAGCGCACAUUUUCAAGCAGAAGAGAAACCUCAGACCAGAACAAGAACCCUCAGGCUCUUGUCAGUCGUUGCUUUAUAGCACCAAAUUAUCUGGUUUUUCUUUGAUAAGUUAAAUAAUGCAAUAAAUUUACAGAGAGAGACAUUUUGAUAAUUUUUAAUUUUAGGUGUAAUAUUUUUCUAAGUGUAAGAGCUUCAGAAAGGUAUUGUGUUCCAUAUUUACAAACCCAUAAACACUUUUUAAAAAUGGGAAUUUAAAAUCAAGACAUUUUUAGCCAUUUUUCAAAUUUUGUAUUUAACUCUCGGAUAAGUAUGUCAUCACCUUUAAGGUGGAACUUGAUAAUCUGCCUGUAAUUUGAAGAACUUUGCUAUCACUGUAAAGGGGUGACGGUGCACAGGAUGAAUUUCAUAUUUGAAAUUUAAGAUAUGUGUUAAAAGUUUGAGGAUAAUUUUUUGUGAGGGGAGUUAUAGUUUACAAUAAUGAAAACAGAUUGUGUAGCCAACUACAGCUACAGAACCUUGACAAUGAAUGAUUGGUGCAAGAGGAAUGUAAUUUGGUCCCUUAGUACAAUGACACUUCCUUUAUUCAGACUAAUGAAGAUUGUAGCAUUGAGCAAGGAACGAUUGGAGGUACUAGCUGACUAGGAGUUUGGAUGUAUUAAAGACAGGAGAUUAUUAUGACGGAAGGUUUAAGUUGGAAGGUUUUGUACGCUGGGGGUGUUGCCUAACAAAGAUGAUCGAUUCAAGACUUGGAAACUUGGAGGAAUGAUGCAUGAAAGAAAAGGAGGGACCUCAAUCCAUGGAUGUGGGCAACAAUAUGAUGGUCAAUCUGGAAGGGACUGUGGCCAAAGCACAGUCGGGGUCUCCUUGCAGGGGGGAGAUGUAUAGCCUAAGGGAACAUGUGGUCUGGAGAGGGAGAGAAUUACUAAAGGUAUGCAGAUUCUGGGAUCAGAGAUAAGGACCAGGGAUGGUCAAGAAAAGUUGGGUAACUAGGUUUAGACUAGGUCUCUACAGUAGAAUAAAAUAAGCAUACAUGAAUUUCUUAAAAUAAAAGGAAAACAUGUACAUGUAUACUUAAUACAUGUAAUCAAAAUUAAUGGUUAAACUUAAAUCAAAACACAACGUCUGCUACAGAUUGAAAAAUUUUGUAAAGGCUUUGUUUCAUUUCUCAAAACUUUUUAACAAAAGAUCUUAUCAGCUGCUGUAGUACUUAAUGUAUGUUUUUUCAAACAUUGUAUUCACUCAAAAUAUGCCUGUGAAUCUAUUUGUAUGGUUUGUAUUCAAAACACCAAAGUGCAGAAGUAUGAAAUGUACUGGUGAUAUACAUGUAUUUUGUUAGCGUAUAUAUUUUCUUGUCUGAAAGUAAUUUGAAUACAUACUAACCUAUAACAGAUUUGUCACACAUGGCCAGAACUAAUAUAAUUUUACGUUGUAAUGUGUCUACAGAUGUACUUUUGGAAUGCAUUGUGUGAAUUGGAAGAUUGGCAAAUAUGAUUUGAACUAAAGGCUGAAAUGCUUCUUGUGUGAGGAA